AGAAUGAGUCAAGCAGCAGGCAACGACGGACAGGCUGUCCCAGAGGGGGAGCCUGAGCACGUGAGCAUGCACACGGAGGCUGUCCGCAGCUGGCCUCCGAGAAGGCAGCCCCGGGCGUGGGCCCUGUUCCAGAAGCCGUCCCUAUCAAUGAGCCGCAGUUCGCGGCAAACUUCAUGAACUUCCUCCAGCACAUGGCUGGAGCAUACGUUCCACCGCCGCCACGAGUGGCGGUGGUCACCAUCGAGAAGCUCCGGAAGAAUGGAGCUGAGGAAUUCUUGGGCGAUCAGAUCGCCGACCCUAUGAUCGCUAAACGGUGGUUUGAGCGAACCAUCCGAGUUUUGGGGAACCCGAGGGUUCCACAGGAUCAGCGCGGCGACCUCGCAGUUGCCUUACUCCAGGAUUCCACCUACGACUGGUGGAAGCGCGUGGGAGCAGACGUCCUAGAGCCCGUGCAGUGGGCCACAUUUGAUCGACUCUUCCAUGAGGAGUACAUCCCAGAGCACUUCGUCGAGGCGAAGCGAGAGGAGUUCCUGAAGUUCACUCAGGGCGAACUCACACUACCGGAGUAUCGUCAAAAGUUUGACGAGCUCGCGGGGUUUGGGCAAGAUCUCGUCCCGACCAUGGAGUAGCGGUGCAAGUGCUUUGUGGAGGGUCUACGUCCCAAUUUAUCGGCUCAUCUGAUCACUGCCCCUCGGGUUGACAUCAAUGCAUUGUUCAAGCAUGUGUUGGACAUGAAUGCGGCCCUCAUCAAGAAGGCUUAGUAUGAGCAGAAGCUGGGGGCGUCAGCAGCACCAUCUCGUCCUCCUCCACCCAGAAGGUGGGAACCAGU